AUGGCUGCUUCUCUUCGGCGACGAGGAGCGGGGGCCAAGAACGGCGCAGAGGUGGCAAGUGCCACAGAACCCGACGAACCCAGCCGUCUUGAUAAUGGCCCCGAAGCCGGUAGAAAAAGGGAUCACACUGUCGAAACUGCACAGCGAAUCGCCCAUUCAAAUAACCGGGGCAAGAAGCGUCGCAACACGUUCGUUUUUCUGCUUGGCAGCUUGUUUGGACUUGUAGCCGCCGGAUUCUUUGCCAAGAGCAGCGAUCUCAUAGACUUUCCCGAGAUCGGGGAUCUCAGCAUGGACAGCUUUUUGGAUGUCCUGCCGGCUGGAUUGGUGAAAGACAUGCGAGACCUCGUGAAUGGGGAACGCGACUUCCUGGACAGUUAUGAUGCGUUUUCUGUCGGACUCAAGGCAAAGGCCGAAGGCCUUAGUGUCAACCACUCGAUCAUCAUGAUUCCGGGUGUCAUCUCCACGGGUCUCGAGUCAUGGGGUACUGCCAAUGUUUCGCGACAAUAUUUCAGGAAGAGACUCUGGGGAAGCUGGAGUAUGAUGCGCGCGCUUGUACUGGAUAAGGAUAACUGGAAAAAGCACAUCAUGCUCGAUGAGAAGACCGGGCUUGAUCCGCCCGGCAUCAAGCUGCGCGCCGCUCAAGGUUUUGAUGCAACGGACUUUUUUAUUACGGGAUACUGGAUCUGGAACAAGAUAUUUGAGAACCUGGCAUCGCUAGGCUAUGACCCGACCAACUCGUUCACAGCAGCCUACGACUGGCGCCUGUCGUAUGCUAAUCUCGAGACGCGUGAUCAGUAUUUCAGUCGUCUCAAGACGUACAUUGAAAUGGCCGUACACUCCUCUGACAGGAAAGUUGUACUAGUAUCGCACAGCAUGGGCAGCCAGGUUUUGUUCUACUUCUUCCAUUGGGUUGCCUCGUCCCGCGGCGGCCAUGGCGGUCCCGAUUGGGUAGAGAAGCAUGUCGAUUCGUGGAUAAACGUGAGCGGCUGCAUGCUCGGGGCAGUCAAGGGCCUGCCCGCGGUCUUAUCGGGCGAGAUGCGGGAUACGGCGCAGUUGAAUUCGUUUGCGGUUUAUGGCCUGGAGAAGUUUCUUAGCAAGGAAGAGCGGGCCGAGAUAUUCCGUACUAUGCCAGGGAUCUCAUCAAUGCUCCCCAUCGGCGGCGACGCCGUAUGGGGCACGGUAGAGGACGGUGCACCCGAUGAUCAACCGGGACAGGAACAGAGCUUCGCCACACUGCUAAAUUUUCGAGCGGCCGACAAUUGGACUGUGCCACACCACAAUCUGACCGUCGACGGCGCUUUGAAGCACCUUUUCAAUACUUCCGAAGAUUGGUACCGGGAGCAGGUGAAGUCGAGUUACUCACACGGUAUCGCCCAUACGUCUGCGGAGGUGGAAGCAAAUGAGGAUGAUCCGAGUAAAUGGAUCAACCCGCUAGAGACCCGACUGCCACUUGCUCCGAAUUUGAAGGUAUACUGUUUCUAUGGUGUCGGGAAGUCGACGGAGCGAGCAUAUUACUACCGGUCUCCCGAGCUCACUACCAUGGCUAAGCUCAACAUCACCAUUGAUACGACAGUGAUGCAGAGUGAGGCGAUUGACCAUGGUGUCAUCCUAGGCGAGGGGGACGGGACGGUCAAUUUGCUGAGCACUGGGUACAUGUGCAAUCGGGGCUGGAACAUUCGCAGGUACAAUCCAGCCGGCGCAAAAAUUGUCGUCGUUGAGAUGCCACAUGAGCCAGAGAGGUUCAAUCCCCGAGGAGGUCCGAACACGGCAGAUCACGUUGAUAUUCUAGGAAGGCAAACACUCAACGAAUUGAUCCUUAGGGUGGCAGCGGGUCAUGGCGACACGAUCCAAGACAGUGUGGUUAGCAAUAUCAACCAGUACGCUGAUAAAGUCGGGGUGUAUGAGGAGUAG